AUGACGAGGGCGGGUUCCGCGGCGGGGAGCGGCGCCGGCCCGGCGGGGCGGCCCCGGCGGCGGGGGUGCGGGGGCGAUGCGGGAGCGGGCGGGGAGCGGCCGCCGGGCGCGCAGGGGCUGCGGAACCACGGGAACACCUGCUUCAUGAACGCCGUGGUGCAGUGCCUGAGCAACACGGCGCCGCUGGCCGAGCGCCUGGCGCUGGGCCGGUACCGCGCCCGCGGGGCCCGCGCCGAGGUCACCCACCGGCUGGCGGCCCUGGUCCGAGCCCUCUGGACCCGCGACUACACCCCGCAGCUCUCCGCGGAGUUCAAGAACAUUGUCUCCAAGCACAGCUCGCAGUUCCGGGGCAACGCUCAGCACGACGCCCUCGAGUUCCUGCUCUGGCUGCUGGACCGCAUGCACGAGGACCUGGGGGCUGCCUCCCCCGCCCAGCAGACCCGCAGCCCCCAGGAGCCUGGCAAGGACAGGAGUGGCAGUGCCAGCCGGUCCCCGACAGCUGCCCAGCACCCCCGGGGGCAGAGCUUCGUGCAGAGCCACUUCCAAGCGCAGUACAGGUCCUCCCUGACGUGCCCUCACUGCCUGAAGCAGAGCAACACCUUCGACCCCUUCCUGUGCAUCUCCCUGCCCAUCCCCCUGCGCCAGACCAGGGCUCUCAACGUCACCCUGGUGCUGCAGUGCGAGCGCUGGCGCUUCGUGCGGGUGGGACUGGCCGUGCCGCUGCUGGGCACCGUGGCUGACCUGCGGGAGAUGGUGGCACGGGAGGGGUGCAUCCCCCCGGAGCAGGUGAUCCUGGCCGAGGUGUCCCCGCGGGGCUUCCUGCGCUCGCUGGGGGACAAGGAGGAGCUGGGAGGUGCCGGGGAGGGGGCUCCUCUCUACGCCUUCCAGCCGCCCCCCGCCCGCCGCGCAGGGUGCCCCCGCAGCCUGCCCGCGUCCCCCGGGGUGGCCCGGCCGGAGGGGCCGCGCCUGCCGCCCGCCGCUGCCCGCUCCUCCGACUGCCUGCACCGCGGGCCGGGCGGCCGCAUCCUGCUGCUGCUCUGCAACACUGCGGGCGCCGGCCCCCAGCUCGCCAGGUUCGGGCCGCCCCUGGUGCUGCGGGAGGAGCGGGGCAUCUCCUGGGAGCAGCUCCAGCAGAGCAUCCUGGCCCAGCUGCGGGCGCUGCUGCGGGGAGAGGUGCGGGCACAGGGAACAGGAGCCCUUUUCCGCAUCCGCCUGGCUGGGGGCUCGGCCCCCUGCAUCUACCUGUCCCCGCAGGACCCCCGCCCUCUCUGCCACCCUGCCAUCGACAGAGCCCUGCAGCUGAGCGGGGCAGGCGGCCCCCCCCAUGUGAAGCUGACGGUGGAGUGGGACAUGAGCACCAAAGAGCGCCUUUUCGGCAACAUCCAGGAGGAGGUGGUGCAGGACGCGGAGAGCGUGCGGCUGCAGCAGCAGGCACACCGGCAGCAGCACAGCUGCACGCUGGACGAGUGCUUCCAGCUCUACACCAAGGAGGAGCAGCUGGCCCCGGACGACGCCUGGCGCUGCCCGCACUGCAAGGUGCCCCAGCAGGGCACGGUGAAGCUGAGCCUCUGGACGCUGCCCGACAUCCUCAUCAUCCACCUCAAGCGCUUCCGCCAGGUGGCCGAGCACCGGCACAAACUCACCACGCUGGUGAGGUUCCCCCUGCGGGGGCUCGACAUGGCCCCCCACGUGGCGCAGCGGGGCCAGCCCGGGGGGCAGCUCUUGGGGCGCUGGGCGCCCUGGCAGCCCCCCCUCCGCCUGCCCCCGGGCUGCCCCCGAGACUACCUCUACGACCUGUACGCUGUCUGCAACCACCACGGCAGCAUGCAGGGGGGGCACUACACCGCCUACUGCUGCAACGCCCUGGACGGGCGGUGGUACAGCUACGACGACAGCCGCGUGGAGGGGGUGCGGGAGGCGGAGGUGAGCACCCGCAGCGCCUACAUCCUCUUCUACCAGCGCCGCCACGCCGUGUCCGCCGGCGGCUCCGUCAGGGGCUCUGCCGCCCCCCCGGGGCACUGGCUGUUCCGCCUGGCCGGCACGGACCCCGGCACUGCCCCCGACUCCUCCGGCUCCUCCAGCGCCCCGGAGAACGGCGGGUUCGAGGCGCGACCCCCGGUGCGGGGUCUGCAGGGUCGCAGCCUCAGCGUGCGGAUCGCGCCCGUCGGACCCCCGGGGCAGGGCGAGCCGGGGCCCCCCCGCGGUCUCCGACGGCCCACCCGGCUCCGCCGGGCAGCCAGCGCCGAGGGGACCCCGCGCCGGCCCCCCCCGGGCCAGGGCAGCCCCGUGGUUGGGGUCCCCCCCCGGAUCGUGCUGCCCGAGGGGGACGCGGGUGUCCCCACGGGCCGGCGCCCCCCCGGCCCCCCGGCGCUGGGGCGGUCGCGGAGCUCGGCCAGUCUUCCACCUCGGCCAGAGGGGGGUCUGCGCCGAUCUGCCUCGCUGGGCAGGGGCGCGGGGGGAACCCCCCUCCCCGCCCGGGGUGUCCCCGGGGCCACACUGCAGCGGGGCCGGCAGCCCCUCGGCCCCCUGCGCCCCGCGGUCGUGCCAGAGUCCAGCUUCUGAGCUGCAGAUGGGGGGGGGCAUCGCCUCCCAGCACCCACACAGGGGGUCCCGAACUAAACUGGGAGCUCCCGAACUGCGGGUGUCCCACUUCAGGGGUGCCUGAAACAGAGGAUCCCAAAGAAGGGCUUCCAUCCUG